CUGGGUCAGUUUAUAUCAGAACUUGCAGACCUUCCGUUUGGUCUCAGAAGGUAAAGUGCUUUCGUUCCAUCUAGAUCUCGUAAAUCAGUUUGGAAUGGGCUGACAACAGCGAAAUGAAGAUGAAGCAUUUGUCACCAUCAGCUGUCGAUAUGGAAAAAAGGAUUCGAUGUGCUGUUAUUGGAGAAGGAAACAUUUUACUCUCCUGCUUAAAGAUACUUGAAAAGGCUAAUAUCGAGAUAGUAGCCGUGUUUACAGAAACGCAAUCAAUCCGAAAGUACUGCGAUGAGUUUGGUAUCCAUUGGUGGGAAAGAGCAACAUGCCUAGAAGAGGCCCUAAACAAAGCACACAUUCACUACCUUUUCAGCAUCUCGAACCCACGUAUUCUUAAAAAGAAUGAACUUCAAAUCCCGUCGAUUUUAACAAUCAACUAUCACGAUUCUCCACUGCCAGCUUACGCCGGUGUUCAUGCAACCAGCUGGGCCUUAAUAAAUGGCGAAAGCGAACAUGGUAUUAGCUGGCAUGUUGUGGAACCGGGAAUUGAUACAGGAGAUAUUCUGAAAUUUCAAAGAGUUGCUAUCGACAAAAAAGAUUCAGCACUCACCCUAAAUCUCAAAUGUCAGGAAACUGGGAUCAAGUGCUUUGAGGAGCUAGUACUUGAUAUAAAAUCUGGCUGUGCUGUUCGUUCUAUUCAACCAACAGAAGGACGCUCUUACUAUGGACUUCACGCCAUACCCCCAAACCUUGGAGUUCUAUCAUUCGACAACAAACCGAAAGAAAUAUUCAAUCUUGCUCGUGCUCUAGAGUUGGGAAAUCAUGAAAAUUCUCUCGGCUGUGCAAAAAUUCUAACAUCAUCAGGGGAAUUCAUCAUGGUUACAAGUACAGAAGUUGCCUGCAGAUUUCCAACAGAAGACACGAAACCUGGUACAAUCCUGGAUAUUGUCGAUGACAGCCUCAUUGUGAGCACUUUGGGGGAACCGCUUAUGGUGUCAGUUGCAAAAUUAGACGGAACAAGCAUCCCUUUGUGUAAUUUUAGAAAUCAUGGGUUAAUCACAGGACUGAGAUUAGACAACAGUUUUUUCGUCGACACAUCAGCAUUGGUUCACAUAAGGAAAAGAGAGACAUUCUGGAAACGCAAACUCGAGAGGUAUGAACCUACCGUUUUUUUCAAACAACGCACCAAUGUGGUUGCUGGUAUCAUCGAUCUUUCCGAUGAGAUCCAUUUGAAGACAGAAAUUGUGACAUUACCAUCAUCUGAGGAAGAUAACUCUCGUUUCAUCAUGGCAGCUCUUAUUGCUUUCGUUGGUAGAACCUGCUGCACGCCAGACGUAAACGUUGGAUUGAUAGCAAACAAAUCUAGAUUACCAAAGUGUGCUUCUAGACUUUAUUCGGAUAUUUGCCCAGCCAUUUUUCAGAUGGAUAUGAAAACCGAAAUCAAUGACGUCAUCAGAAUUUGCCAGGAGGAUUUGAAGAAAUAUGACGAAUCAAUGAGUUUUCUCGUUGAUGUAUUUUACAGAUACCCUGCACUGCGGGAACGAAAACAAACACCACAUCACAACAUCGUUAUCGGCACAACCAGAGAUUCACUAUCAGAAAUCUUGAUUGGGGAGAAAGUUUUGCAUGACUGCAAUAUACUAUUGCUACACUCUCAAGAUACCAAUGAAAUUCACAUUCUUUAUAACAGAAGACCCGCUGAAGACCUUGGUUUCAUAAUUGAUGUGUUUCAGCAUUUUCCAGUAUUUGUCAGUUCAAUCACCGAGAAUUCUUCACAGCUUUUAUGUGAUGUAUCACUCGUUCCCCAAGAGGAAAUGGCUGUACUAUACCCUCCGCCAACCGAAAGCAUAAAGCAACCAUCCCCAGCUAUUAUUGACAUUUUUCAAAGCUGCAGCGAAUGCUUCAAAAGUAGAAUAGCUAUGAAAACGUCAACGACUUCCAUGACAUACGAGGACACAAUGCAUAGGAUCGAAAUUCUAUCAGUUCUUCUGCGGGAAACGACUGUGAACGGUCGAAAGAGGGUAAUUGGUUUGCACCUGCCAAAUUCUAUCGCCUAUGUCAUAUCGGUGCUAUCUGUUCUAAAAUGUAAGCACAUUUUCCUUCCACUCCCAUUAGAUUACCCCCAAGAACGGUUCCUUUUCACACUAAAAGACAGUCAAGUUAGAACAAUCGUGACGACAAAGGAAAGGAUUGGCGAUAUCAAUUUCAAAGAAUUGGCAGCUAAUCCUAGAAUAGUGCAGGGUGGCACUAUUGAUGGAAUAGAAUUGUGUCUGGUUCAUUUUGAGCUUGACGAAAACGAGAAUAUGAGAGCAAACGUUUUUCCAAAGAAGGAUAUCUUUGAGAACCUUGCAUACAUAAUGUAUACAUCUGGGUCUACUGGGAAACCAAAAGGCGUAAAAGUACGAGAAAGUUCGGUUGUCAACCUCGCAAAAGCACAGAUUAAGCUGUGGGAUUUAAACCCCAACGACGUCAUUGCUCAGUUUGCAUCCAUAGGUUUCGAUGCAACGAUUUCAGAAAUAUUUACAUCCCUUUUCAGUGGCGCCACUCUUGCGAUUCUAGAAGAAAGAGAACGACUCGGUCAAGAAUUUCUCCUCUCGAUGAAUAGACACAAAAUUACAACUAUUACCCUUCCUCCAUCUUUGUUGAACAUAUAUAGCCCCAAAGACUUGCCUUACUUAAAGAAAAUAGUGACAGCAGGGGAAGCAUGUACUCUCACAACGGCGGUAAAAUGGGCAGAAAAAAAUGUAAGAAGAUUCUUCAAUGCAUAUGGACCAACAGAAGCGACUGUUUGUGCCACUUGUUUUGAGUUCAUUCAAGAAGCUAAACAUGAAGAUAUCAACUGCGAAUUGCCAAUAGGACAAAGCAUCGCAGGUGUUGAUGUCUAUCUUUUUGAUGAUUACAUGAAGCCCCUGCCACCAGGGGUCAUUGGCGAAAUUUACAUUGGAGGACUUGGUCUUUCUGAAGGGUACCAUGGUCAUGCCAGUCAUCUGACCAAGGAAAGGUUUGUCCAAAAUCCAAUGAUAAACUCACCGUCAGUUCUUUAUAGAACAGGAGACCAUGGAUUACAGGACUCACAAGGCAACAUUACUUUCGUUGGACGCUUGGACGACAUGGUAAAGAUAAGAGGUCAGAGAGUGGAUUUGAACGAAAUUGAACAAGUUUUGAUACAACAUCCAAAAGUAGAUAUUGCUGUGGUUGUUCCUCACAGGUGUAUCAACAACAAUGAAUUAUCAAUAGCAGCUUUUGUUGCACCUACGUUCGUCUUCUCCUCUGAACUUCGAGAAUACUUGGUAAAAGUACUGCCUAAAUUCAUGAUUCCAACCUUUAUUAAGAAGUUAGACUUAUCCGAAUUCCCCAAAACAAUAAACGGUAAACUGGAUAAGAAAAAACUCGAAAAAGAUGAAUCGAUUCAUGAACAAAAUCAAUCUGUUGGACACAGUCACUUAAACGAAACACAACUUCUAAUAGCUCAAAUCUGGUGCACAAUUUUGAAGUUGGAUCCUUCCUACGCAUAUACACUACAUAGGCAAAGUUCUUUCAAUGAACUUGGAGGAAAUUCACUUCAGUUGGUACUUCUACAGAGACACCUAGAGGACACGUUUGGGCUUUCUCUUUCUUUCACUGACAUUGGUACCGUAGAUACCAUCGAAGAGUUUUCAGAUGUGGUAAAGAGAAAGACAGAUGUUUUAAGGAAAAAUGAACAAACUCAUUCAUCAGAUGACCAGGAACUCAGGAACUUGAUAAUUAUGGACUCUGAAAUGACAAUUGAUUUAUUUUUGUCACUCGCUAGAAGAGGAUCAGUUGCUAUUCCGCAUCUGUCGGCCACAAACCCUAAGAGUAACCUUAGGUAUCCCAAAAAUAUUUUGAUUUCUGGUGUUACAGGUUUCCUUGGGGCAUACUUGCUGUCUGAACUUCUGCAAAAGAGUAAUGCUCACAUUUGCUGCAUGGUUCGUGAAUCGUCGGAAACGAGAGGAAUUGGUAGAAUAAUGGAAAAUUUACGCCGAUACAACCUUUGGAAAUUUGAAUAUACAAAUAGGAUCGCUGUGGUUUUAUCAGAUUUGUCACAGCCUCGCUUAGGAAUAGCACCAGAUAUUUACACCUCCUUAUGCAAUUCAGUUGAUGUCAUCUUUAUGAAUGCAGCGAUGAUGAAUUUUAACACAGAUUACCGGGACCACAGAACAGCAAAUGUACUUAGCACGAAAGAGUUCAUUAAACUCGCCUUGACAGGUGUGCAAAAAAUUAUAUUCUCUACAUCAACUCUUGGUGUCUUUCUUUUUCCACCCAAGCCAGGGCCUGGUGAACCACACCAUCCGGUGAUGUACGAAUGCGACGAAUUCGAAGAUCCUUUCGAUAUAGCAGGGGGAUACGGUCAAAGCAAAUGGGCCAGCGAGCGCCUUGUUAUGCAAGCUCUCGAUCUAUUGCCAGGAGGUGCAGUCUUUAGACCGGCAAGAAUUACUGGGUGUACUACCACAGGCAUGGCGCCAAAGAACGAUUUAUUCGCAUCAACGCUCAUUGGCAUGAAGAGACUGGGAUUCUAUCCUGACAUGGAUUUUCCAUACGAUCUCACACCUGUAGACUACGUUGCAAAAUCCAUCGUAGAAAUCUCGCUGAAAAUAUGCAAUGAUCCUGACAAGAAAUACGAGCGUAUCUAUCACAUGUUCAACAAGAGGACCAUGCCUUUUAACAAGUUGUUUGCUGGAGACAACCUGAAACCAUUACCUUUAAAUGAAUGGAGGAAGGUCCUGAAAUAUGCCUCUGAAGACAAUAAAGAGCUGAUUCCUUUGACGCCAUUUUUCUUGUCCUCUUUUUGGGACAGGUCGCCGUACUGGCCUGUUUUUGAUACUAGUAACACUGAUUGUAUGAUUUCAAAGGAAACCAAAGAGCUAUUGAAACCGAGCCAGGACCUUUUGCUUGUGUACAAACGGUAUUUUGGGUUGAGAAAUUAGAUAGUCAGCAUAAUCAUAUAUACGACAAACUUAUUGUAAAAUAAUUGACAAUAGCAUUUAAAUAAACGGAUUUGAAGUAAUUUUUCGUACUUUUUAUAACCAUCACAAUGUCAAUGUACAAAAAUAUCGGUGGACUCCGACUCAUAGUUUUGUAAGUUGAUCUAGCAUUGUCAUGGUGUGUUAAAUUUUUUUUAUCCAAAUCUACAGUACUUGGGCGUAAGUAAGUUCCCAAAAAAAAUUCCCACUAUAUAUUUCAUACAAAAAACCAUAUAUUUUCAAACAAUUUUAUAUUUCUUGACCAAUUUUGAUGAAAUAAAAAGCACCGAUCUCGAAGUAUCAUCUAAUAAUUUCAGAAUAAUUAUAUGAUAAUCUAUUGUAAAUGAUAUGACAAUUUUAACACGAAGUUUAAUUUGAGAGUACUUGCUCUUUAUAUAAGUAUGUGUAAUUUUGGAAUUUGAAAAAUUAACAUUGUGAAUAAAAUGUUAUCUCUCUGCAAUGAUUCAUCGUAACAUUGUUUAAAAAUAUAACAGUUACUUUUGAUAUUUCUAAAGAAAAUGAUUUUUAUUUCAUCCACAUAGAGGGAAAAUUGGCUCCAAGAGAAGAUUUUGAAAAAAAGAUAGAUUUACAUGAAAUAUAUAGAGAAAAUUUUCUUUGGAAACUUAAUUAAGGCCAAGUACUGUAGUUUUGAUGUAAUGUAUUUUUCGUGUUAAUAAAAUGUAUAUUUCAAUUUCA